AUGAUCGAUAUUACCAGUCUUCCAGCUGAAAUUAUUCAACGUAUUUGUGAACAUCUUUCAAUUGAAGACGUUCUCGCAUUAUCUAAUUCUAGUAAUACAUUGUCGGAUUGUAUUAAUCAAAAGGCUUUUUGGUUACGCCGACUCUCUAAAGGCUCUAAUAACAAACGUGUCAACUGGAAGGAUGUCUGCAUUGCUCGCGAUAUCAUUGAAAGCUGGUUUGAGGAAGAUUCGAAUUCAAUUGUGAAUAAGCAUUGCCGUCAUUACUCAUGCUAUUGCAUCGAUGACUUAAAGAUCCUCAAAUUUCCCCACCAGCAUUUAAGUGUUGUUGGAGAUCGAGGUGGUACCCUUUCACUUAUUGCCCUGAAAGAUUUCCUUUCUCAAGAAGAACCACGUCCGCUUUGUACGAAUAACCAAGCUCACAGUGGAUGGAUCUGGAGUAUUGCAUGUGACAAUGAUGUUAUUGCAACUACUUCUUGGGAUCAUGAGUUACGAGUUUGGUCAAUUUGUGAAUCUGGACUCGAUAUGAUUUCCCAAUAUUCGUAA